UACAAUCUGGCACAUCUCCUCAUUGGAGGAGUCAGCCAUAAGGAAAGGAAAGGAAGGGAUCUCUGAUACAACCAUAAAGGGUGAAACGUUUUUCACUCUAUGGAUUUAGUGGCUCGUGGUGACUCGAAAUAACAUUUCUGUUUAGUGACCCUGACUUUGUGGCAAAAUCUUACAAUUUGAAUCAUGUAUUGAAUUAUGUAGGGUUUAUUAAAAGCUAUAAAUAAAAAACUACAAGAUUUUUAUUAAUCAAAUAUAUUUCACUUUUUACAAUAUAUGGUCCAAGGAUAACAAUUACGAAAAUGGAUCAAAAUGGAAUGAAAGUUGAUGAGACUCUUUUGGGACCACAGAAGCUCCCUAUUGAUGAUCAUAAUAAUAUUGUGAUUGGAACAGAUAACAUAGAUUUCACUGAAUCAAAAACAAGAGACACUCAAAAUGUUUGCCGUCUAUGUGCACAAAAAUGCAUAGAUUGUGUAUCUAUAUUUGAAGACAAUAAUAUGUUAAUUGCAGAAAAAAUUGCUAGAUGUCUACCAAUAAUUGUUUUAUCUACGGAUGAAUUGCCAUUAUAUAUUUGCAAACGAUGCUUAUACUGUUUAAAUCUCAGUUACAAACUGAUUGUUAAUUGUUUAAGAGUAGAUGCACAGUUGCGAGCUGAGUUUGCACAGUUGAAAAAAUCAGACAAUGCAUUAAAGGUAUUAGAAGGUUUAGAAAAAUCAGAAAUCAUCGCAUUAAAGGAAUUUGAAUCACCAGGAACAAUUACAGAAAAGAAGCAGUUGGAAGAAUUAGAAACGAAUUCAAAUAGCAAUGAAAGAUCUGUACAACAUAUUUCCAUAAAAACUGGUCAAGCCUCUAAGAUAGACAGUAAGUUAAAAGAGAUGGCUCUAAAGGGCCCUGUAGAAUGUGAAUUAUGUUUAACGCUGUUUCAAGAUAUGGACCAGUUUGAUAAUCAUAUAGAGAGUGUACAUUUAUUAAAUUGGCGAUGCAAUUUAUGUGACAAAAGUUUCAAGACUUCUACAAAAUUGAUAAUUCACAAACAAUCAAAGCAUGCUGGCAAUAUUAAUAUUUGCAAAAUUUGUGUCAAGUCAAAAAAAUCUAAAACAGAGUCAGACUCAGAUAUCUUUGACCUUCCACUGGUAAAUGAAAAACCUCCAUCGCCAGUACAGACUAUGAAUACUACAGAAAAUCAAAGUGAAAAAGUAAUUGCAGAAAAUUCAUUGGAUGUUAUUUGCGAAAUAUGCCAUGUCGCUGUGGACGAUGAUGAUCUUCUUGAGGGACAUAAAAAAGUUCAUCAACCUAAAAAAAUGACAUGCGUUAUAUGUCAAACGGAAUGCAAUUCUGUCUAUGAUAUGUUUCUCCACAAGAGAGAAUCCCACAAUAAAUACAGAAAAGUUCAGCUGAAAUUUGUUUGUGAUCUGUGUGGCAAGUUUUUCUCUAAUAGCUGGCAAUGGGAAAAUCAUGAGGAAAAUGUCUGUCGUCAAAAAUUCUCCGUGCACACGUGCAAAUACUGCAAAAACAAUUUUUCGACGAACCACAAGCUUACACGGCAUUUGAGAAAACAUAAAAAGGAAAUGAUGGAUGAUCCCACUGUGACAGUUUAUAAAUGUGUUGCUUGCCCCAAGGUUUUUGUUGAUAAAGAAUUCUAUCAAAAGCAUAGAAAUGUGCAUGAUCCAGAGUGUUGGGACACACACAAAUGUACUUUGUGUAAUCGUUCAUUCAGAGAUAAUGUAAGACUUAAAGAACACCAUCAAUCCAUACAUGAAGGUGUUAAGCCACAUCAGUGUGAUGUUUGUGGAAGAACAUUUCAUCGAUUAUCUAACAUGAGGGCACAUCGAAUCAAACAUUUUGGUCACAAGUGUCCCCACUGCGAAGAAGUAUUUGAACGAACUCGUCCUCUUGCAAGUCACAUUCAAAAUAUUCAUGGACUCGAACCUGAGAUCAGAGGACAGUCUAAAAGACAAUACACUAGUAGCUGUUAUGUAUGUCGAUUCUGUGGAAAAAAAUUAUCUACGUACCAAUCGGUAUUGGACCAUGAGCAUAUACAUACUGGCGAGAAACCAUAUGGCUGUAAUAUUUGUGACAAGAAAUUUAGGAGUUACACGUCAAAAUGGGCUCAUGUGCAAAGACAUGAAAAAGGCAAUUAUGUCUGCGAACACUGUGGAAAAUGUUUUAGUUACAAGCAAAAUCUCACCACACAUAUGCAAAUACACGCUCCUAUCGAGGAUCGUAAGCAUCGGUGCUCUAAAUGUGACAAACGUUUCCUUCGUAAAGCCCACCUCGACGUGCACAUGAGAAUUCAUAAUGGUAUAAGACCGUACACUUGUGAUAUAUGCUUGUUUAAUUUUACACAAUUAGGCGACAUGAAAAGACAUAGGGCGAGACACGCCAAUGGUGAAGUCCGUGUAAGGCAGCCGAGAACUAAAUCUAUGCCGACAACCAGUAACGAGGAUACCAAUUAACAAAAGAUUAUCUGAUAAUCGUCUGAUCUUCUAAGGAAGACUAUGCAGAUAAUUAAAUAUUUUGACGCUUUGCUUGCCAGAAUGUGUUUAUGAUACGUAGACAGUUUCAACAAAAAGAGAAGAAAGUGAAGAAGCUAAUAUUACUUGAGAAAGAUAAUUGUAUAUCAGUGUAAAUAGUUAUUUUGCUGUACAUAAAGUUAUAAUAUAGUGAAAAAAAACUUUAGGAAUGUCUUUGAGAUAGUUACAUCACACAUAAGAACACAGGGUGUAGUGACAUCAAAAGCGAGAGGAAUUUUUCUGUCAGUUUAUUAUUCAUUGGUCUUUUUCAUUUUGCAUUAUUUUGUCAAAACAUUACUAUUCCUGAAUUAUAAGGGUUAGAAUACAAAUCAAUUACAUAUGUAGCUGAUUCUCAUCCUUUAUCUAUAACAUCUUGAUAAUAAAUAAAAUAUUAUUCUUAUUAAUAAAUCUCAAUAAACAAGUUAAAUAGA